UUUUUUUUUUUGAAAAGUUUUGUUUUCUGGUUACAUCGUUUUUCUCUGAUAUACUGCCCGGAAAGAAUCUCAAUGGUUUGAUCAUGACAGUGUAUUGAAGGUUGAAAGUUCAAAUUUGCUACCAGUUAACUUUUUUUGCAAGUGUUUUCUCUUUGAUUUGACCCUUUUGUUAGGGUUUCUUUGAAAAUUUUCUAAAGAAAAUUGAUAGCUUACGGAGAGAGAUGAAUUGUUUUCCUGAUGAGGUGAUUGAGCUCAUAUUUGACUAUGUGACUUCACAAAGGGACAGAAAUGUGAUCUCUCUGGUGUGCAAAAACUGGUACAGGUUAGAGAGAUGCAGUAGGAAGAGUGUUUUCAUAGGGAACUGUUACUCCAUAAGUCCUGAGAGAGUGAUAGAGAGGUUUCCUGAACUAAAGUCCUUAGCUUUGAAAGGAAAACCUCAUUUUGCUGAUUUCAAUCUGGUUCCUCGAGGUUGGGGUGGUUUUGUGUAUCCUUGGAUUGAAGCAUUUGCCAAGAGCAAGGUAGAUUUGGAGGAGUUGAGGCUGAAGAGGAUGGUGGUCACGGAUGAGGGCCUGGAGCUACUUACCCGUUCUUUCAUGAAUUUCAAAUCUCUGGUUCUUGUUAGUUGUGAAGGGUUCACCACUGUUGGCCUUGCAGCUAUAGCUGCAAAUUGUAGGUUCCUUAAGGAGCUGGACUUGCAGGAAAAUGAAGUUGAUGACCCCAAAGGCCAGUGGCUAAGCUGCUUUCCUGAUUGUAUAUCACUUGUCUCUCUUAAUUUUGCUUGCCUUAAAGGGCAAAUUAACCUGGGGGCUCUUGAGGGACUUGUAGCCAGAUCUCCUAACCUUAAAAGUUUAAGGUUAAACCAUACCGUGCCCCUCAGUGCACUCCAAAGGAUAUUGAGUAGAGCACCUCAGCUAGUGGACUUGGGAAUUGGGUCAUUUGUCCAUCAUCCAGCUUCUGAGACCUGCACUAACCUAAAGAAUACCAUUAAAAAGUGCGACUCAAUAACCAGUUUGUCAGGAUUUUUCGAGGUUGCUCCUCGCUGUCUCUCAGUUAUAUAUCCUAUUUGUAAGAACUUAACAGCCUUGAACCUGAGCUAUGCAGCAGGGAUUCAAAGCAGAUUUUUAAUAAAACUAAUUCACUUCUGUGGGAAGCUUCAGCGUUUAUGGAUAAUGGAUUGCAUUGGGGAUACAGGACUAGGUGUUGUAGCUUCCCGAUGUAAAGAUUUGCAAGAACUAAGGGUUUUUCCGUCUGUUCGUAUUGCUGGAGAUGACCCUUCAGGAGUAUCAGAAAAAGGACUUGUUGCAAUCUCUGAGGGUUGCCCUAAGCUUCACUCAUUGCUCUACUUCUGCAGGCAGAUGACAAAUGCUGCCCUCAUAACUGUGGCUAAAAACUGCCCAAAUUUCAUCCGUUUUAGGCUGUGUAUCCUCUAUCCAACAAAACCUGACCCUGAUACAAUGCAGCCACUUGAUGAAGGUUUCGGUGCGAUUGUGCAGUCCUGCAGGCAACUUAGGCGGUUGUCACUCUCCGGCCGGCUGACUGAUAAAGUUUUCCUAUACAUUGGGAUGUAUGCUGAGCAGCUUGAGAUGCUGUCUAUUGCAUUUGCUGGAGAGAGUGACAAGGCAAUGCUCUAUGUGUUGAAUGGAUGCAAGAAACUUCGCAAGCUUGAGAUAAGAGAUUGUCCUUUUGGCGACACGGCCCUUUUGAUGGACAUAGAGAAGUAUGAAGCAAUGAGAUCUCUUUGGAUGUCGUCCUGCAAUGUGACCAUUGGAGCCUGCAAGGCACUAGCUGAAAAGAUGCCAAGACUCAAUGUGGAGAUCUUUAAUAACAAUGAGAAGGUGGAUCGUAGUGUGGAUGAUGCCCAGAAAGUAGAAAAGAUGUACUUGUAUAGAACAUUGGCUGGGAGAAGGAAUGAUGCACCAGAGCAUGUGUGGACUCUCUAGGUAGACAUUGCCUCUUUUAGUUCUUGUUUUCUUAGCUUUCACUUGACUAAGAUUACUGAUUAAUGCAACUAUAAUCGUGAUCAGUGAUCAGUGAUUUAUCAAUCCUCGCAUUUACUUAUUUAUUUAUGCAUAUAAUAAUAUAUCAGUAAAAUUUUUUGUUUGAA